AUUCAUGUCUGGCCGCAUAUUUUGAGUCCAGCUUUGAUUGCAUGGUUAAUCAAGAGAAAUCAUCGAAGUUAGUUCCCCAGAAUGAAAAGCUGGGGUUUUAGAUGCAGCAUGCUUUCCAUUUUGACGGGUUCUGGCCUUAACUGUGUUGAAUAACAGAACUUGAAGCCAAAUUAACAUCAGAAGGGGUGAUGGAAGAGGCUUUGUUGCUGAAAAAUGGAGAUAGGAAGUUGGUGCCGAUCGCACCGAAGGCGUUUGUGGAAGAGCUGAAGAAGGUGACUGCCAUAGCAGCACCGAUGGUAAUGGUGAACAUGUCGCAGCACCUCUUGCGCGUCACACCCAUGAUAAUGGUGGGACACAUUAGUGAACUUUCCCUCUCCAGUGUUGCAAUUGCCACCUCUCUAACCAACGUUACCGGCUACAGCGUCCUUCUUGGGAUGGCAGGAGCAUUGGAAACCCUGUGUGGGCAAGCUUAUGGAGCAGAGCAGUAUAAAAAGCUAGGAACUUAUACUAAUGGAGCAAUAUUGUCCCUCAUUCUGGUUUGUCUACCGAUAUCUCUUCUCUGGAUCUUCAUGGAUAAACUGCUUGUGUUCUUUGGCCAAGACCCCAUAGUUUCUUUGGAAGCUGGCAAAUAUGCAAUUUGGCUAAUUCCCUCGCUGUUUCCUUACGCUAUUCUGGAAUCAAUGGUUCCGUAUUUGCAAACUCAGAGUUUGAUCCUUCCAAUGCUUUUAUGCUCAAUUGUCACGUUAUCUUUUCACAUACCUCUUUGUUGGGCUUUAGUUUUUAAGUCUGGGUUAGGAACUAAGGGAGCAGCAUUGGCAAUUAGUUUGUCGUAUUGGGUGGAUGCGAUCGCGCUUGGGCUUUAUUUGAAAUACUCUCCAGCAUGUGAAAAAAGCCGCGUUCCUUUCUCAAGGGAUGUUUUCCUGAGCAUUGGGGAGUUCUUCCGCUUCGCUCUUCCCUCUGCCGGAAUGGUUUGUCUUGAAUGGUGGUCAUUUGAACUACUCGUAUUGUUGUCUGGGCUUCUACCAAACCCAGAACUCGAAUCUUCCGUGCUUUCAAUCUGCCUGACAACUACUUCACUGCACUCCCUCAUACCAUAUUCUAUCGGUGCUGCUGCAAGCACUCGGGUUUCUAAUGAAUUAGGAGCUGGGAAUUCACGGGCAGCUCAACUGAGUGUCUGCACUGUGAUGGUUCUUGCAGUUGCAGAGGCAAUUAUGGUAUGCGCGGCUCUCUUUUGUUGCCGCUUCAUUCUAGGAUAUGCAUACAGUAGUGAGAAAGAAGUGGUGGAUUAUGUGAGAGAAAUGACUCCUCUUCUCUGUCUCUCCAUCGUCAUGGACAGCAUAACGGAAAUACUAUCUGGGAUUGCCAGAGGAAGUGGGUGGCAGCAUAUCGGCGCCUAUGCCAAUUUCGGGGCAUAUUAUCUGGUUGGAAUUCCAUUGGCUAUUGUAUUGGGUUUUUUACAAAAACUAAGAGGCGAGGGGAUUUGGGGCGGAAUAGUGACAGGAACAAUACUGCAAGUCAUUUUGCUAACUUCUGCAACAUGUCUUACUAAUUGGCAAGAACAGGCAAAUAAAGCCAAGGAAAGGAUAUUCAAGGGGAGAAUUCUGGAUGACAAGUUAAUUGAUCAGUUGAAUUAGUGCUUCUCAGGAGCUGCUGUUUUUCCAGGCACCAUUUGGUUUGAGACUUCCGUAUUUCUCAAGACGGCCUGUGAUUUUUUACGCUCGUUUUUUACGUUGAGAAGACGGCAAUGGAAUAGAAGGACGAACUUGGUAUCCAAGAUCGAAAUUGUGUUCCAAAAGAUCCAUGUUGAAAAUUUUUCUUUUCCUUCUAGUAAAGGAUUAAUCAUCCGGUUGUACUUCAAAAAGUUUUAUUCAUUACCCACAUGCUAUCUUGCUGAGUUUUUCCACCCGAAUGAACUCAUGUUUUUUCCUCCCUGGUGAUGUGUUAUUCUCUUCUUUAGUUGUUCUACAACUUGCUAGAACUGCUGCUGCAUGGGAACAGAGAGUCCCUUAACAAUAAACUUUAUUUUCUGGAGAUUUGUUUAGACCUAUGUUACUUG